AUGUCGCGAUGUCGAAAGAUGCUCCUCAGGUUGCUUCAUAUUUUUUGGAAGAAAGUGCCAAAAUACUCCGCCAUACUUUGUUUGGAUGAGCGCAUCUUACAGAAGAUCUACCAACACCUCUCACUAGUCGAUCAAGUUUGUCUAUCCCUCAGCUGCAAAGAGCUCUUCGGCCUAUUCGGGACGAUAGUGAAGCACAGAGAUCUUGAAUUUCCACGACUCUUGCGUAUUAGGAAUCCAAUACUGUGCGUGAACAGUCAGGAUGUGCUGCGAAUCAACUCCUUCUUCGACUCGAAAAUCGCCGCUGGGCCUACUGUGCAAACUCUGGAGAGAUCCUGCACAUACUACGCUGGUAUAGCUGACCUAUGUCCCUGUAUUUCCCUGACGAUUCGAGGUCGAGACCAGCUUGUCAAAAUCCUCAGAUCACCCGCGAAGCCAGCCAAAACCAAAUAUGGCCCAUUCGAGUAUGACUUUGACGAUGGAGGACAAGCCGGCCUCGGCCACGGCUGUUUAUUUAGCACUAGGUCUGGCUACGAAGUGCGAGUUGCUCUGGUUUUAUUUAUUAAGGAAACUGGCCAGUUAUGUGUAGCGGCUCGGCAUACUAUAAGCUUCUCUUCCUCCGACGCUCAUCUCACAGCUGAGCCUACCUUUGCUUGUCCUCAUCAGGAUCUUCUAUCUCUCGUCCCCGGCAAUCAAGCCGCAAAAGAUUCUCACAUGUACCAGACUUUGAUUUCUUCAAAAGCUCACCAGGAUCUCCUGUCUCUUGUCCCCGGGAAGCUGGUCUCAAAAGCCUGUCCCAUGUGUCAGACUUUGAUUACGAAAUACGCUUUGUCUGAAGACAUGAAUCAGGCUGUUUUCUGGGUGGUUCGAAAUCUGGGAAGCUGUGAAUGGCCUGCAGACCGUCCUUGGCUUGACCAGUGUCGUCUCACCGGAGCAUGGUUUUCGCAUAAUGAAAAAUACUGGUGA